UUAAACAAUUUUAUUCAGUUGAGUGCGGUCUGGUGUUAACAACGGUUGUUAAGUUACGGAAAAACGCAAAGAAACGGGCGCUUUAAAAAGUGUGGGAAUAAGAAAAAAACUAUAAAAACAACAAUUAUUAAAGUUUAGUUAAGAAAAAAAAAAAAUAUUAAACAAGACCUGAAAAAUAUUUAACGAAAAAAUUUAUGGCAUUUUAAGUAACAUCAGCUUACACAUUCAUACAUACAGUUAAAACAAUGGCUCAACUUAAUUAUAAAAUCAUUUGAUUUCCACAAUAUUUAUUGUAUUAUUGCAUUUAACAAUAUGGCUGCCACAAAGCACAACAUUACCACAAGGUGCACCGGAAACAAUAUGUGACACAAUGUUGCCAUUUCACGGUGGCGGCAUAUUACCCUCAAAUGCUGUGCCACCAUUUCGAAUAGAAACGUCAACGGCCACUAUAGGUCAGGGACAAACACUGCGUGUUGAUAUUACGGGUGUACCAAGUGGUUUAGCAUUUGGCGGUUUUAUGAUACAAGCACGCAACAAUAACCCACCGUAUCAAAUUAUUGGUCAAUUUAAUCCCUCCGAAGAUGGUCUUUCAAAAUUGAUGAAUUGUGAAAAUUCUGUCAGAAAUUCUGUAACACAUACCAGUACAGUGCCUAAAACCGAAAUAAGUUUGGAAUGGCAAUCACCAGUGGAUUUUGAAGGUGAAAUUGUUUUCAACUCUACAGUAGCUCAAGCUUAUGAUACCUUCUGGGUUGGCUUACCUUCUUCCCCUGUGAGUGUCGUUAAACGUGAAAUAGCACCACAAGGUCCAACAACGCCUAGACCAUCUUUUGCGCCCAGUACACGUACACCCUAUGUGCCAGAAUAUGUACCACCACCACCAGCUCCAGUAGCCGAAGAUCCUUUCUAUGCUGAAUGUGGCACUAGUAAAAAUUGUUUUGGCAACAAAGACGGCUGUGUGGAUAGUAAAACAUGUGAUUUUGUUGCAGCUGUUAAAGUAAGGGGAGGAAUUUAUGAAUUCGAAUUGAAAUCUAAGGCGGCCAAUGCCGCUUAUGUUGCCUUGGGUCUUUCCGAAGACAAUCAAAUGGGUGAUGAUUUGGUUAUAGAGUGUAUACCACAAAAUGGCAAGGUUUCUAUGUAUAGUUCCCUGACAUCGGGUAAAGCGGCUGGUUAUGGUGUUAGUCGUUUGGGAGUGCCUCAAAAUACUGCCCGUUUGGUAGAGAGUUCAGUGGUGAAUGGUGUUAUUUACUGUAAAGUAGAACGUGAUCCUGUUACCAAAGUUGGAAAUCGCAUAUUUGAUUUGGAAAAUAAUAAAUACUAUUUACUUUUGGCGGCUGGUUCCGGUUUAAAAGAAAAUGGUGUUGGUUAUCAUAAUAUAGGCCGUUUACCUUCCGAUAAAGCUAUUAAUUUGGCGGAUUUACAAGAUUUGGGUGCUGCCUCUACCUUAAUGCUGCGUUUACAUGGCAGUUUUAUGAUAGCUGCCUGGAUAGGUACUACUUCCUUGGGUAUUAUUUUCGCCCGUUAUUUCAAACAAACUUGGGUGGGCAGUCAAAUGUGUGGCAAGGAUCAAUGGUUUGCUUGGCAUCGUAUUUGUAUGGUUACCACUUGGUCUUUGACUAUGGCUGCCUUUAUUAUCAUUUUCGUGGAGAUAGAUGGCUGGUCUGGUGAACGUAAUCCUCAUGCUAUUUUGGGUACUAUUACCACAAUAUUAUGCUUUAUACAACCUAUUGGUGCUUUAUUUAGACCAGCUCCUAAUUCCAAAAAUCGUCCCUUCUUCAAUUGGGCCCAUUGGUUGGGUGGCAAUUUAGCUCAUUUAUUGGCCAUUGUUACCAUAUUCUUUUCGGUAAAAUUAGCUAAAGCUCAGCUACCGGAAUGGAUGGAUUGGAUAUUGGUGGCCUAUGUUGCUUUCCAUGUUGUGGUACAUUUAAUAUUUUCAAUUUUCUUGUGUAUUCAGAUAUCGGGCUGUUCAUCGGAUAAGCAGCAUACGAAACGUGUUAAUGAUUUCCAAAUGGGCAAUAUGGGUCAUCAUCAUGGUAUGCGUAAUAAUAUGAAAAUGGAACGUAAAAUGGAUGCACCAUAUGCCGGUUUCCGCAAGGGUUUAUUGGCUGUUUACACAGUGGUCUUAAUUUUAUUCGUAGUGGCUUUAAUAGUUAUAGUAGCUUUAGCGCCCAUAGAGGAUACCUUUAAUAAAUUAAAAUCAAAACUAAAUUAAAACUGUUGUGUUAAAUAAAAAAUAAUGUAAAAUUAAUUAGCGUACAAAAAAAAAAACGGAAAAAAGAAAGAAGAAACAAAAACAAU